UAUUUAAUACCCUCCCUAGGGGCUAGGCUGUCUGAAAAGAGUUAGAAGUUCCAAGUUCUAAUCCAACCCACCGAUUUGGUCGCCGGCACGUCAUUGUCAGUCCCGCGAUAAUCCCACUCCAUCUCAAAACGUUGCAACUCCCAUCUCCUUAUCACUUCGUUGAAUAUCUCUCAUCCAUUACAAAACCAUUAACACCAAUUUCUUAUUUCUCUGAAAUAUUAUUACCAAUAAAUUUUUAUUGGGACCAGUACUAAAAUUCUGAUUUACAGAUCUCAUUCAGUAAUCAGUAAGAUUUGUUUGAGUAAAACUAAGAUAUGGGUAAUGCAAAUGGAAGAGAAGAAGACGGAGGAACCAAUCAUAUUAUUAACAAUAAUAAUGUAAAAAGUAAUAAUAAUGUAAUAAAUGUACCUGAUUUUAUCACUUGUUCAGACACAAUGGGUAAUUCUCCUCCUGAAAGUCCUCGUCGUUCUCGAUCGCCUCUCAUGUUUACUCCUCAGCUUCCUGUGGCUCCUUUGCAAAAGAAUGAGGGCACUCUAUUUCAUAACGACAAGUGGCCGACAGAACGGCCCGGAGCUGUUGAUCGGCCUCCUGAGAAAGGAAUUCCUACUGUGAUCACAUGGAGUCUUGGUGGCAAUAAUGUUGCUGUGGAAGGAUCCUGGGACGAUUGGACGGCAAGAAAGACUCUUCAAAGAUCAGGCAAGGAUCACGCUGUGCUUUUAGUUCUACCAUCAGGCAUAUAUCAUUACAGAUUCAUCGUCGAUGGUGAGACACAGUAUACACCGGAUCUGCCUCAUGUUUUUAGUGAGAUGGGACAUGUUUGUAAUGUCCUUAAUGUCCAUGACUAUGUACCGGAAAGCCUGGAUAGUGUAGCUGAAUUUGACUCACCACCAUCACCAGACUCGAGUUACAGUUUUGCAUUACCAGGAGAAGAUGAAUUUGCAAAGGAGCCAAUGAUUGUACCACCCCAGCUACAGUUAACAGUCCUCGGUAUGCAAAAUUCAGAUGAAGCUGCUUCUUCGAGGCCUCAGCAUGUUGUACUGAACCAUCUUUUUAUAGAAAAAGGUUGGGCUGCUUCCCAGUCAGUCGUUGCUCUCGGUUUGACCCAUAGGUUUCAGUCAAAGUACAUCACUGUUGUCCUAUAUAAGCCAGUUAGAAGGUAAAGAUGCCCACCUUUUUUUGUUUCUUUUAUCUUCUGUUUGUUGGAUCCUCUAUCAUAUCUUUCUUGCUGUUUUUUUUUUAACUUUACCAACUUCCCCUCCCCACUCUUUUUUCUUCUUCUGGGUGGGUGUCAAUAUACCAUUACCAUGUAAGUAAACUAACGUGUGAAAAGUAAAACUGUUAAAAUAGUUGUACGAAUACAGGUCCCCAACCUGUCUUUUCUUA